AUGGAGUUAAUAACUCCCCCCGAUCAACAUUUUACUAUCAUGUCUUAUAAUGUUCAAAUGAUACCAGUUCCUAUAAGUACAAAAAUAAAUAUAGGAUAUAGACAAAAAACCCUAGAGAAAUAUAUUUGUGAACUUGAUAAUAUUUAUAAUACUGAUAUUCUUGUUUUGAAUGAGGUUUUUACCAAACAAGCUUAUAAUAUGCUUACAACUGGUGAAAUAAAAAAACGAUUUCCAUAUCAUACUAAUAUUUUAGGAGAAAAAGUAAAAAAUAAAAUUCAUGACUAUGAAGAUGAUGAAGACGAUGAUGAUGAUGAUGAUGAUUUGUUUAGUAAAAAUAUCGAACGUGAUAUAAAAGAAUUUAUUUCGAACGAUUAUUGUAAUAAUGGUAUAUAUGAUAAAAUCGGGGAACAAAAUCAAGAAUGUGGUUGUAAUCAUACUAACUCUCAGAUUAAUAAAAAUGAAAAAAAAAAUUCGAAAAAAAAAAAAUCUGUAAAUUCAAAUGGUCAAUUUUGUAAUGGAAAUGAAAAAAAUGCAAAUAGUUCUUUACCUGAGAAAGAUACAAAUAAUAAUUCAUGCUCAAAUAAAUCAAUUAAAAAUAAUAUUAAUAAUACAAAUAAGCUGAAUAAUAAAAAUUGUGAAAAAUGUAAAGAGGAGAAUAAUAAAAUAAAUGAAAAUAAUUUGAUAUCAUCUCCUUGCUCCACAAUUAGUCAUACCAAUGAUACCAUGAAAAAAAUAAAAAAAAAACAAAAAAAACAAAAAAAAAAACAAAAACGAAAAGAAAAUCCACCACCAUUCGAUUCUGUUUCAGGAGGACCAAAAUUUCGGCAUUUUUUAAACGGAGGUAUAAUAGUUUUAUCAAAACAUAAAAUAUCACAAAAACAUGCAUUAAUAUUUGAAAAUUGUAAAUUUCCUGAAAUGUUUAGUGCAAAAGGGGCUAUAUAUUUAAAAUUUAAUGUAAAAAAUAAUGUUAUACAUUUAGUAGCAACACAUUUACAUGCUGGAAAUACUAAGAGUGAUGAAAAAUGUAGACGUAAGCAAAUAGAAGAGUUAACUAAAUGGGUAUAUAAUGGUGUUCCAAGUAAAUUUAUAAAAAAUUCUGAACCAUUAUUUUUUGUUGGUGAUUUUAACAUAAGAUAUAUAAAAGAUGAAAAUUUUUUUAAAGAAAUAACAUCAAGUAAAUAUUUAAAUUGUACAGUAACAAAUAACACACUAGAAACAACUUAUGAUUCAUCUAUUAAUGAUUAUUGUAGAUAUAUUGAAGAUGAUUUUGAACAUAAAUAUGUUGAUACAUUAGAUUAUAUUUUAGUUUCUAAAAAUUCAAAUAUUAAAACAAUAGUUCCACAAACAGCUGUACAACAUGGUUACAAACCAAUAUCUAUAUUUAAAACUAUUUUAUGUUGCAUACCUUAUCAAAGUAUAAAUAUACAUCAUGCAAGCGAUCAUUUUCCUAUAUAUGCUACUUUCAAAUUUCCUAGUAAUAAUUAUAGUUUAUCUGAGAAUGAUUGCAAAAAUUAA